AGCGAGGCACAUGUACGAAUCCAAUCGCAACCUGGCAGAGAUCAUGAUCACAGGCUGUUCACCGUGGCGAUGCAUGAGCGCUGAGCGCCUGCUUAUACCACUCCGAGUCUCCGACGGACCAAAACACGUAAUCCAAAAUUUGUCACGCCCACUACCACCACCAAAAUGCCCAUCACAUCCCCAACACUCGUUCCCCGCCCUCCAAUCAUCCCUCUCGUCCUCCCGCGCGCACCCCAAGUAAACCCAACCCCACUCCCAAAACUCGAUCGCUACCCCGGGCGCAUGGACACCCGACGCGAUCUCCAACGCGAAAUCGACGAUCUCUCAGACGAGGAGAACGAACUUGAAGAUUCUAAUUUGGGGAUAAGGAAUCGAGGGUUCCAGUGGCUCGUUCCUAUUGGACGGAGUACGACGCAGUUGGAGGAGAAGAAUGAGGCAGAAGACGAUUCCGAUGGUUCUGAUACAGGCCAAUCAGGCGGCGGCCCUUCGAUUAACGAGGAUGGCGAGGAGAACGACGAUUCAGGAGCAGAUCUGGACGCAAGCAUGGAAGAUAUGGAUGAUGAGGGUGAAACGGGGACAGCAAGUGAAGCGGAGGAUGCGAAUGAUAUGACGGAUGAUUUUGAGGAGAGAUCGAGCGAUGCUUGAUACGCCACACACAUCAAGUCAGGGCAGAGAAAACCGAUAAAAUUAUAGGCGGUAUCGAUAAAUCUUGGUACUUAGAUCCUUGUCGCCCAUCUCUGCUUCCCAACGAUGCCGAAGUCGGGCCACCGCGAAGUCAUCGUCACUACGAAGUUCAACCACCACAGACUCGGAUCGAACCACUAUGAACCCCAUUCAAUGAACUACCCCCCGAAAAUCUGUUACAGACAACGUCCCACGCGUAUGCCUUCUCCUAGGGCUAGCAUUAGCCAUGACCAAUGGCCGUACCCAUACUCGGACGUGGCCUGCUUUUGACGCUGUUAUG